CCCGGGUUCCCGGAAGCUUCUCGGGUGGAAGAAGGGCCGGGACAGCCUCCAGGCUUCCCGCGAAGGUUGACAGCGGCGCUUUAGCCAUUUGCGCCAGGCCGUGGGGAAACAUCCAUGGGACCUCGGGGUCGGCAACUUGAUGGAACCAUCCAACACCCAUUCGGCUUCUUGUGGGGUCCUAGAACAAGCUUUCUGGAACUCAUGACCCAUGAAGUCCUGUCAACAUUCGCAACGCCUGAGGGUAGCAACAGUGAAGUAGAAACAGAGUGUUGCCGGGGAUUUCGGUAUCAUUUUAAGUGACUGGUGGCUUAUGGGACUUUGGAACUUCUGUGACAGCCAUGCUGCAUGGGAUGAUGGCACUUUGGAGAGGAAAGAGGCCUGAGGUGACACUUGCCUGCCUGCUCUUAGCCACAACAGGCUGCUUUGCUGACUUAGAUGAGGUCCCUCAGGUUACUGUCCAGCCUCCAUCCACUGUCCAGAAGCUCGGCGGCACUGUGAUCCUGGGCUGUGUGGUGGAUCCCCCCUGGAUGGACACCACCUGGCGCCUCAAUGGGAGGGAGCUGAAUGGCUCUGCGGAGCCUCUGGGCAUCCUCAUCACCCAUGGGACCCUCGUCAUCACUGCCCUCAACAACCACACAGUGGGCAGGUACCAGUGUGUGGCCCGGAUGCCUGCCGGGGCUGUGGCCAGCGUGCCAGCCACUGUGACACUAGCCAAUCUCCAGGACUUCAAGUUAGAUGUGCAGCACGUGAUUGAAGUAGACGAGGGAAACACAGCAGUCAUUGCCUGCCAUCUUCCUGAGAGCCACCCAAAAGCCCAGGUCCGAUACAGCGUCAAGCAAGAGUGGCUGGAGGCCUCCAGGGGUAACUAUUUGAUCAUGCCAUCGGGGAACCUCCAGAUUGUGAAUGCCAGCCAGGAGGAUGAGGGCAUGUACAAGUGCGCUGCCUACAACCCAGUCACACAGGAAGUGAAAACCUCCGGCUCCAGUGACAGGCUGCGUGUGCGCCGCUCCACUGCCGAGGCUGCCCGCAUCAUCUACCCCCCAGAGGCCCAGACCAUCAUCGUUACCAAAGGCCAGAGUCUCAUCCUGGAAUGUGUGGCCAGUGGGAUCCCACCCCCACGGGUCACUUGGGCCAAAGAUGGGUCCAGUGUCUCUGGCUACAACAAAACGCGCUUUCUGUUGAGCAACCUCCUCAUCGACACCACCAGCGAGGAAGAUUCAGGGACCUACCGCUGCAUGGCUGAUAAUGGGGUCGGGGAGCCAGGGGCAGCAGUCAUCCUCUACAAUGUCCAAGUGUUUGAGCCCCCAGAGGUCACCAUGGAGUUGUCCCAGUUGGUCAUCCCGAGGGGCCAGAGUGCCAAGCUGACGUGUGAGGUGCGUGGGAACCCCCCGCCUUCUGUGCUGUGGCUAAGGAACGCUGUGCCCCUCACCUCCAGCCAGCGCCUUCGACUGACCCGUAGAGCCCUGCGGGUGGUCAGCAUGGGGCCUGAAGACGAGGGUGUGUACCAGUGCAUGGCUGAGAAUGAAGUCGGAAGUGCCCACGCUGUGGUCCAGCUGAGGACCGCAAGGCCCGGCACAACCCUAAGGCCACGGCUAGACACUGCCACACCUCCUGUGCCAGCCUUCAGGCCCGGAGAUCCUGACCAGAUGCUGAGGGGGCGCUCAGGGCCCCCAACAUCAGUGCAGCCAGCCUCCCCGCAGUGCCCUGGAGAGAAGGGACCAGUGGCCCCUGCCGAGGCACCUGUUAUUCUCAGCUCACCACGCACCUCCAAGACAGACUCCUACGAGCUGGUGUGGCGGCCUCGGCAUGAGGGUGGCAGCCGGGCACCAGUUCUCUACUAUGUAGUGAAGCACCGCAAGCAGGUCACAAACUCCUCUGAUGACUGGACCAUCUCUGGCAUUCCGGCCAGCCAGCACCGCUUGACCUUCACCAGACUCGACCCUGGGAGCUUGUAUGAAGUGGAGAUGGCUGCUUACAAUUGUGCGGGGGAAGGCCAGACAGCUAUGGUCACCUUCCGAACCGGACGCCGGCCCAAGCCUGAAAUCAUAGCCAGCAAGGAGCAGCAGGUCCAGAGAGAUGACCCUGGAGCCAGCCCCCAGAGCAGCAGCCAGCCGGACCAUGGCCGCCUCUCCCCUCCGGAAGCGCCAGACAGGCCCACUAUCUCCAUGGCCUCUGAGACAUCAGUGUAUGUGACCUGGAUUCCCCGCGGGAAUGGUGGCUUCCCCAUCCAGUCCUUCCGUGUGGAGUACAAGAAGCUGAAGAAAGUGGGGGACUGGAUCCUGGCCACCAGUGCCAUCCCUCCCUCCCGGCUCUCAGUGGAGAUCACAGGCUUAGAGAAAGGCACCUCCUACAAGUUCCGAGUCCGGGCCCUGAACAUGCUGGGGGAGAGUGAGCCCAGCGCCCCCUCCCGGCCAUACGUGGUGUCAGGCUACAGUGGCCGCGUGUAUGAGAGGCCCGUGGCAGGCCCCUACAUCACCUUCACCGAUGCGGUCAAUGACACCACCAUCAUGCUCAAGUGGAUGUACAUUCCAGCAAGUAACAACAACACCCCAAUCCAUGGCUUUUAUAUCUAUUAUCGACCUACAGACAGUGACAAUGACAGUGACUACAAGAAGGAUAUGGUGGAAGGGGACAGGUACUGGCACUCCAUCAGCCACCUGCAGCCAGAGACCUCCUAUGACAUUAAGAUGCAGUGCUUCAACGAGGGCGGGGAGAGCGAGUUCAGCAACGUGAUGAUCUGUGAAACCAAAGCUCGGAAGUCAUCUGGUCAGCCUGGUCGACUCCCACCUCCAACGCUGGCCCCACCCCAGCUGCCACCCCCUGAAACCAUAGAGCGGCCGAUGGGCACCGGGGCUAUGGUGGCACGCUCCAGCGACCUGCCCUAUCUGAUUGUCGGGGUCGUCCUGGGCUCUAUCGUCCUCCUCAUCGUCUCCUUUAUCCCUUUCUGCUUGUGGCGGGCCUGGUCUAAGCAGAAACAUACAACAGACUUGGGUUUUCCUCGAAGUGCCCUUCUGUCUUCGUCCUGCCAAUACACCAUGGUACCACUGGGAGGACUCCCAGGCCAUCGAGCCAGUGGCCAGCCCUACCUCACUGGUGCCAAUGGACGCACCUGUGCCAGUGGGGUACAUGUGAACAGGGGCUGCCCUGCAGCAGCCAUAGGCUACCCAGGCAUGAAACCUCAGCAGCACUGCCCAGGGGAGCUUCAGCAGCGGGAUGACACCAACAACCUGCUGAGGCAGACCGUUCUUGGUGAUGGAUAUGACCCCCAGAGUCACCAGAUUCCCAGGGGUCCCAAGUCUAACCUGGAUGAGGACUCUUUCUUAUACACGCUGCCCGAUGACUCUACUCACCAGCUGCUCCAGCCCCGCCGGGACUGCCUCCACCUCCAGGAGCAGCCUGUGGCUGCCGGCCAGUCAGGAACGAGAAGUGUACCCCAGAAUCCUGGGGUGGAAGUGACGUGGGACCCGCUUUUUCACCCAGGCCCCCCUUGCUGCUUGGGCCUGGUACCAGUUGAAGAGGUUGACAGCCUGGACUCCUGCCAAAUGGGCGGAGGAGACUGGUGUCUCCAGCACCCCACCGGGGCCUAUGCUGGGCAAGAACGCGGGAAGCGGCUCUCCCCCGGCCCACCAGUGCACGUGACUUUUGAAACGCCACCGCCCACAAUUUAGACAGAAGCCAGUAUCCCAGAAAGACUAUAUAUUAUUUUAAAAAAAGACAGAAAAUUGGUAUUUAUUUUUCUAUAAUAGCCAUAUUUAUAUAUUUAUGCACUUGUAAAUAAAUGUAUGUUUUUUAUAAUUCUGGAGAGAGCAAGGGAAUCCUACCCAUGGAGGUAUGAGAAGGAAAACAAGCUGCAACCGAACACGAGUCAGCCAAGAAAGAGGAACAGCUCUUCACUCAGAAUUCCUGCCACUGCCUGGAGGCCCACAGAGAAGCCGCCACGACCAAGAGGGCAAAGCAGGGACCGCACGUGACCGGCUGGAGAUCCCCACGCACAAGGACGGAGCUGCUGCUACAGGACAUGUUUUCAGAAGAGGCCGGUGAGAAUGGACUUUGUUGUGUACUAGAAGCAUUAUAAGUACUAUAAGCAUUAACAAACCUUCCAGAAUCAAUAAUCUGUGGCAACAUAUCGCUGUAAAAACAAACACUGUAACUUCUAAAUAAAUGUUUAGUCUUCCCCGUAGCCUUCAACUUAGUCACUUAUGACUCAGCAGUCUCUUUCCAUGUUAGGCUUCAGUUUGAGUAUUUGAAGAAAAUACCCACUUGUGCUGUUCCCAGAUUUAUCAAGAGAGGAGAUAGGGAAAAGGAAGGUAGCAAAUGUCUUUAACUGUUGAAUGUCAAUGAAACUAAGCUUUUCUACCUCAGUGUGUGUCGAAGACCAAAUAUUUUCCCCAAAAUGUUGGUAAUUGCUUAAAUGCUGUGCUACACGCAUGAACAUGUUGUGCCUGAUAAAACUCAUUUCCCUUUUUUCCAAAAAUCUACCAACAUAGCCAGAGGAGUUCACUCACUGGUUGUUUCAAAACAACAUUGCUUACUGCUGUCCAACCACAGAUCAAUCUUGAUAUAACUAGAUGAAGGCUGAAGUUUGCAGGGAAAGCCCUAACACAAUUUAAGUGUUCUCAGAAGGAAAACAUUUUCUAGAUUUCAGUAAAGUGGAGUAACAGAUGAACUGCCACACUCUAGUCACAAAUUUGAGAAACAAGAUCUUUGGAAAGCUCAGGAGUAACGGACUGUCUAGGACAAGCGCGCCCUCUGCUGGCCAGAGCAAACACAGCACCUGCUCUCUAGGUUUCCUGUAUCUUUUCCAUCAAACAGCUGAAGUGGAAAAAGAACUAAGACAACAUGACUUUCAGAAAAGCAGUAUUUUUAAAAUGUUAAGAAAUAAAUUGAAGGCCUAUAAAGAACAUUUAAAUGGGAAGAAGACGUGACUUCAGACAACCUGGUACUAAGGGUAAGUGUGGGGCAGGACCAGUGCUCUCGCUCUUCACUCAGUUAAUCCAGGGACUCUCAAAUUUGAGCGCUAACAUUAUCUAUCCCAUUGUCUUAAAAUUUUUUAUCUCCAAAGUGAAGAUGGUGAACUUCUGUGAUGAGUGACAUUGUUUACUGCCCAGCAUUGGUACCACAACAGUAGUGCUUUUAAUGCAUGUUAAAGGACAGAGAUAAUUGCAGGAAAGAAUGGAACCAUUAGGCUUUCAAAUUUCAGCCUAGAAAGUGAAAUUACUCCGUUUUCAUUCAGUUCAUUGAAUGAGCAUUCGAAGCUUUGGGAAGUUCUGAAUAUUUAAUUUCAUUGCUUUUCUUUAGAUUCAUUUUAAAAUUUAGAUUUAACUCGGCCAACAGAGGCUUCUAAAUUACUAAGGGGUAGCGUAAGGCCAAGUGGGCAGGACCUGGUGGGGGACACAGAGCUCAGCUCAAGACCUCUCUGAGAGGGCAGCCUUCCCACGUGGGACAGGCCGCCUUGGUGUCAAUAAUCACGCUCUUUACUGUGAAGUUGUGACAGAAAGUUUGGACUCCACAGUUGUCUUUUUUUCUUUCAAGUUAUAUUAACAGUAGAUCCACAAGUAACUUAAUUCAAACUGAUUUCUGGCCUUUCCAGGUGAGGCUGCCUUCUGUCAGGGCAGAGAACUCCUUGAUGUGGGAAGCAGGAUAGUUUUCCAUCCCCCCAGCCCAAGCUGUAUACUGGGUGUCUCCUGUUUGAACUUUCCAAAGCUUUGAAUGCUCAUUAAAAUUAUCGAGUCAAGACUGAAUCUGGAUUCAAGCAGACAUGAAACUAAAGCAGACAUGAAACUAAAGUUAUCCAUCUAAUCCAAAAAAAUAGAAUUCCAAACAUUAUGGAUGAAGGCACAAGUGUUGUGGUGACUGCAUGGUUCUUGUUGUUUGAAACUAUGCAGCAGUAAAUAAGUAAAACAGCUGUGACUAGAACAUUUUCCUAAAAGAUUCAAAGACACACAUAGUUUAGAGCAUAUAGUAGAAAAGGUGCUAAAAAUGUAUUCUCUCUAGUAGAGACGCUACUACACCAGAGAUUUAUGGUGAUAGGCACAAACUAUUCAGACUUCUUAAACAGGAAUAUGAAAGAAUCUUAGAGAUCAAGUGUCCAGCUCUCACAUACACAUAUAUUGUAACAUACAAAGCAAGUUAAUCCUCUUUAUAAUUUGGGGCGGGCAGCUCAGCAAGCUAGCCACGGGUUAGGGAUACUUGACAUUGCUGAGUCCCUGUCUACAUUAAAGCAGUAUUGCCUUCUUCACCUUUCCAUCUCAGUGACCAACUUUAUAUUCUGAGACAGCUCCAAUGGAAUAAGUCCUUGAGGUCUGAAUCAAAGUGCUCCAUUGUGUUACCAACAGCGAUCCAAAUAUCAGUGAGCUCAUUCCAAGAUCCCAGUGGCCACUUACCCCCAAAUCAAAAAGACACUCCCAAAUUAGUUUAAAAUGCCAUAUACCUUCCAAAGUGAUUGUUAGAGAUGUUCCUUCAGAAUGAUUUUGAUCUUGCCUCAUUACUUCUAUAUCAAAAACAGCAAAUGACUCAAGUAGAACCUGAGAGAAAGCGGCGUAAGACUUGAGAAACCAUGGGAAUACUUAGAAGACAGGUAGAGUCAUAAACAUCUUCAGAGGGGGGGAAAAAAAAAACCUUUUUUUGGCCAUUCUGGAAAACAUAUCCUGCUAUUCCUGUCAGAGCUGAGUUUGCUAAAACUGUGGGUGAUUCAGGAAGCUGGUUAUUUGCCUGCUUUCUGCUAACCCAAAGCAGACUGCUCUGGUACAUCUCUGCAUUGCCUGAAUCCUCAAAUAAUUGUUUCAUGACGUUAACAAUGUCGGAAUUCUAAAUUGCAUUUCUUAUUCUGUGAUGAUGUUGGCAAAAUAAGUUUGUUUUUUUCUCAUGUCCUCUCAGAAAACUUAUCGUCAAAGUUUAUUUUCCAAGGAUCAAAAAAAAAAGGAUGGAUUGCUGAAUGAUAGCUUUUCUUGCCAACAGCUAAAAUGUCAGAAAACCAAAUACAAACUUCCCUAAAACACAUGCUUUGUUGCAGUUUUGAGGUGCAGCCUUUUGUUUAGACUUGGUUCUAAACAAAUCUAAAAUGGUUCAGUUCAUUAAUAAAUAGAUGUUAAGUGCUACAGUCUGUUCUAAAAUAACCAAAUGAGAGAAAUUAUUAAAACUACAUGACUAAGAUCUGGAUUUAGACUUUUAGAUAAGUUCACUUUAAAAUAAGAUUGUAGUACGUGACCAAAAAAAACAGACCUUCUGGUGAAGCACAUGUCCAAAAGGCAAACCUCGAGCCCCGUGGACUUUAUCUAGUUCUGCUGUGGAGACCGAAUGGGUGGGAGGGUGAGACCUCCUUUCUUACGCAGAAGAGCAAUCUCUUCCUUUAAGGCCACAAUUCUUUGUGCUUGGAUUUGGAUCAAUUUAGUGACCUUCUCUUUUGCCACAAUAUCUGCUUUCCGAGGAGCCUGGAAGGCAUUGCCCUGUGGGAAGAAAACACGACCCUCCUCUAAGCAUCAUUUCGAAUGGAACAACCUCUCUGUCCUUCUGCCUCGAGUCAAUUUCAAUGGCUAUUGCGCCUCCUUUUAAGGGCUUUCAAGUCCUCCACUGAAAUCCCACCAUUAAAAGGGGGCCUUUGAGCUAAUGAACACAUCUAAACAUAUAGAUCCUUUAGGUGGGUAACAGGUUAAACCAUCACUCAUACCCCCAAGGAUUCAUCACUGGCAUGGUAAAAGACAAGGUACAUCCUUUUUCUAUGCAGCUAUAUUUUGUUUUCUGCAAAGGAAAUAACUCACUUCUUCAUCCUAUUUCCUCCCUUGUCUAGCCAGUUCCUGCUCAAACUCUCAGGGUGAUGCUGAUGCAGUGCUUCAGGGGAUCACACUUUGAGAACCCCUGAUUUGAGCAUUUGCAGCAUUCUUAAUGAAAUAUAUAAAGCAAAGAAACAAGAGAAACUGGAAUUUUUUUCAGACGCUAUUGUAAGAUGAUACAUUGCUUAGGUUCCUAUAGGGCAAGGCUUGACACCAAUAAACCUAAAUUAAAAAAUAAUAUCCACCACAUUCUAUGUAUUAUAUGCUAAGUUCAAUAAAUGUUAUAUAAGAGCAAACUUGAAAGCCAUAAAAUGCAACAACUGUUUCAAUAAGAUAACCUGAGAUUCCACAAUGCAAGAUACCCACUUUAGGUCAAAUGUAUGUUCAUGGCAUCCAACGGGCAUGCAGUAAAGUUAGUCCCUCAGGCUCACCAUAAGGUAGGUCAACUCAGUGUCCUCGGGGACCCAGGUGGGCUGGAGCGGGUCAAGAUCAGGGUUUGUUUGAAGGUCAGCACUUGAUAUUCUUGUGAACAGCUACUGUUAACAGAGCAUCCCCAGUUCUGACAAAGGAUCUGAAGGAUAAGAACAUACCUGCUGGUUCUGUAACGUAUUCAGCCGAGAGUCCAGUUUCUUCUUUUCAACACAUAAAUCAUUCAUCUGAUGAAGCUUUUUGGUGUGUUCUUUUGUCUUCAUCAUCAAUUCCCAUCGCAUUUGAGCAAUCUUUUCCUACCAGAGCAGGAAGAUGCAAAAAGGAUUAAUAAGGAGAAAGAGAGAAAAAUGUAUGUCUGGGUUUGAUAAACGUCAGGCAAAUAGAGCACAUGCACAUGGGAAAUGCGAUCAAAUACCAACAUAGAAGCAACUGCAUUGAGUCUGGUUUGGUUAAAAACAGGAAGACUGUAAAAUGAGAUAGAUAACACUAUUGUUAAGGAAUGAAAUUCGUAUGCAUGGUGAGUGAGAGUAUUCAUUACCUAAAAGGGAGAAUGACAAACAGCAAACUUCUAUACAUCGCUCUAUUCCCAGUCCUGGUCAAAAUUCUCAAGGUAGUUUGAGUAGUCAUAGAUGGCUACUGGCUUUCCUUUGUUCUCAUAAUGCCAACACAUUAUUUUAGGCUGCCUCUCACUUCUAGCAUGCCCAUGAUAGGCGCCACUCCCACACACAUGUUCAGUGGCGACUAUCGGAAAACAAAGGGAAAGCACAAUAGCGCGAGGGACUUCUUCCCCACCUAUUGAUGAGGUAGGACAGAAAAUGGGAGAAAGGAUAAUGACUUGCGGGCUUAUAAAAACUUUAUAAAAGUUCCCAUCUUGGAGCCAAGGUGCAGCCGGGACACUGCCUCAUCCCACUGCUCAGGGAACACCACAGGCAUUAACAGCUGCUAAGACACCACUAGCCAAACAGUCCAUACCUCACUACAGAAGUUACUACUUCAAGAUGUUCUCUAAUUUCUAGUUUGUAAGAGCAUUCCGAAGCUCUGCAGAGUAACACAGGCACCUCAGAGCACAACAGUUCCACUCUUAACCCUGUUAGAGCACUUUCACAUUGCCAUCAUAGUUAUUUGCACCCUGGAAUCCAAACCUAGUACUGGUGCUUUCACCCCAAGAUAAACCCCUCCAGCUAAGUGAAUGGUAAAACUGAGACAGGCUUAAGAUCCUGGGGGUGACAGGGUCACAGACUCAUCUCUAGCUGCACCGCAGAAACCACUUACAGUUCAACCCAGAUUCAGCCAAAGUAGAUCACUUGUCUUCUUGGCCUUACCUCCCACAUCUUCAUCUCCUUUGCAUUCGAUAGCUCCUUUCGAAGUUUUCUGAUCUUCAGUUCUUCAAGUGUUGUGUUCACAGAGAGUGUCUGAAGGGCUUCCAGGUCUAUCACACGGCCAAAUUUGCUGAUCAUUAGUUGACGAACUGUCUCUUCCAUUUCUAAGAAGACAGACACCAUCGGGUAAUGCAAUAGCUCCCUUGUUAUUAAAUGAACAAUACCAGUCAUGAAACUAAGGAAUAGCUUUGCAAGAGUGAUAAAAUUUUUAAAAAAAAUUUUUUUAAAGAUUUAUUUAUUUAUUUAUACAAGCACUGGGUACAGUCAGAAGCGUGGGAGGGUGAGAGAAUUCACCAGAGGCAGAGUGGGGAACAGAACAGGCAGACUGUGAAAUACACUGCUGAGGGUUGCAGCGGGCGCCAGGAGAGGUCUACACCAUGUGGGACCCUCGCCCGGUGGUGGCCGGGGAUUGAACCGGCCAGAGGCUGCAGGCAGCUUCUCAGCCCAGCGCUCAACCGCUGCGCCACCAGGGGAGACCCAAAUUUUUAAAAAUUUUAAUUUGAUAAAAUUUAGAGUGAUAAAACUUAAAUAAAAUUUUUUGAAGUGCAUUUAAUCAACAAAGACAAAGUAGAAAGAAAUCCCAAAAGUCAGUAACAAAAAAUAGAAGAGAAAAAGUAGCAAGGGAUGUGACAGGCCUGUUACAGAAAAGGAAACAUAAACAAAUGAAUGUGAAGGUGUUCAACCUCACCAGAAUCAGGGAAAGUUAAAAACACAAAAACUGCAAUGAAAUACAACUUAACAUCCAAUCGGGGGGAGGCGUUUGGGGCCUGGGCAAUUCUCACACGUGCAAGAAGGAUAAAGUGGUCCUUUCCUCUCUUCCUUGUUUCCUCCUGAUUCUGUGCUUACUUACUGCUUUCAGAUUUGGAGAUAGUCACCUGGUAGUUGUCUGUUAUCAGUGAAUAUUACUAGAUAACCCACGGGCUUAGGUACUUACUCUGGAUAGUUUUUGCCAUCUGUCUUUUUUCUCGGAUAAGCUGUUUACGCCUCUCCCGGUAUUCUUUGUUAAGUUUGCGCUGCUUGGCAUUUUCCUCCUGAAGGUAUACGAUUCGCUCUUGCAGCAGACUCAAGGAGUGAUUAGAAAAGACCAAUGUUCCAGAAAGGUCAUUAGGUAUUUCUCCAAAUAUUACAUACUCUAUCUACAAAAACAAAAUAGACAAAGAUCAAACUCCGUAUAAGGUCAUAGACAGCACAAAAGCAGCACUUCCUUCUCGGCCCCCUGCUUAGGUCACUGCCUUCGGAUGUCCAUCUCUCUCAACACUGGGUAAGUGGAAAAGCAGGAGGUUGUCUUCAAAUAGUUAACCACAUCACGUCCCUCUGGGGAUGAUAAAUCUCUCCCACAGACUAUGCAGAUCAACAAUGAUGGGCUGGUAUAUGGGGCAAAGUGCUCAAGGCAAAGUACCUGAUCCAGUUUGGGUCGGGUGACACAAAGCACGUAAGGCUGGUCUUCCAAAAUACAACUUUCUCUCCUGACAGCAAAUAGGGUAUGAUGGGUCAUUUCUCUUACUCAUGCAUCUCUAUCUCAACAUAAGUUGUAAGCCAAGUGGUGUGUGGAAAUGAACAAAGAAAAGGAGAACCAGAAAAAAGAUUUUCCUUUUUGUCUUGACCGCCAUCACUGAUGAGUAGAGUAUAAGUGAAGAUAAUUCUUGCAUCAUGCCUUUGUCAAUGGCUUAAAAUAAGUGGCAGGGAAAGUAACACAUGUGCAAGAUCCAAGAAUUCAACCUCUAAGUCCUAGGGUCCUCAUUUCCCCAGACCUUAAAUGACUCACACCUCACAGUGGUGAUGACCCAUAAGGAAAUACAUUUUUCGCUGUUAGCAAUCUAAGAAUGGGUAAGAAGAGUUUGGUUGUCAUUAUACAGGCAGAAUUCUCAGCUACGGACUAAUUCUCCCCGUGAGUAAUGAUGACUCUCUGGAACAGCCUGGGUGGUGGCGCUUCUGCUUAGAGGGGGUGGGGCACCCUCCCCAGACCCAUCACCUGGUGGAGCUUGAGUGGAAUCACAACCAGCAGUUCAUUCAGCCGCUGCUGCUUCUCUCGUUGAUAAGCCUCCAAGGCUGCCUCUGCUGCGUUCAGAUUAGUUGCCACAAUUUUUACCUGUGGAAAGUCCCACGUUUCAGUUUCAGUCGCAGCAUCUAGAGGGAGGAAGGUUGGAGGAGGAGGAGGAACAAAGAGGGUUGUGGGCUAGGGGUGAGUCACUGGUGCACCAGGGGAGCAGUACCUGAUUGGGGUAUCCAAAUAAGCUCAAUUAAAAGUAUACACAUUUUUAAAAUUUUUUAAAAAUUGCAUUAAAAAAUAGAAACAAAGUCCCAUGUACGAAAUGUGGAGAAGAUGCUAUGAACAUAUACUCAAGGUGGGAAAUGAUGGCAUCUUGGCAGGAAGUAACAGCAUAGGCGGGGUCUGUCUUGUGGGAGUGGAAUUAACUGGUGGAACCCAGGGAUGUAUAUUAUUUUCUUAUAGCUAAGUCAAAAUCCACCAACUUUUUCACUCAUUCCUAUGUCUCCUGAGUUGUAAAGAUUUUUGUGAAUGAGAAUUCAAAAGACAUUUGGUCCUCAUCCUUUGUAUUUCUUCAUGAAAAACAGCUCUUAGCAGGGGAUGCCUUUGUCAAUGCCUUAAAAUGAGGUCAUUAUGACCUCGAUACGUUAAAGAAAAAGCUCAAAAAGCAACAAAAGUACUAACUACAGUAUUUCUGAGACCCAUCCAUCAUCUAUGCAACUUGAAUGCUUUCAAAUCAUUUCCUGUUUGCAAGAGGAAAAGCAAGCUAUCCGCAUUUCUAAAUAUCAGUCAAGUUCAGUAGAUGUUGCUGUAGGAGAGAGUACCGAGAAGGAAAAAGGCGGAAACUAUCCAACAUAGUUAUACCAGAAGUUUGACUGCCUAGUCCUGGUCUCCAACAUGGGGUUGCAUGCACCCAAGGGAAAACAAAGAGAUCUACUGGGGUCCAGUAAGAAACUAUCUGUUUCUAUUUAUUUUUAUCUCAUUCUUUUCUAUUUGUUUUUACAAAUGUUUAAAAAUAUGCAAAAUAUAUUAAUACAAUAGUUGUGAAUAUAACAUACAAAAAUAGACAUCUGUUGUAGGAAUAUGUGCUCCACAACUUUUCUACUGAUAUAUGUAGGCAAUGAAAACUAUUUGGAGGCCAGUGAUUGGGAUAGAGUUUGAUCAUCAGAAGAGCAACAGCCCCACCAGGACUGUGCUUGGGGAGAGAAAAUUGGAUGUGACCAUUGAAAUGUUUCUGCUCUGGAGAGAUGUUCUAACAUGGUAUUACUGUGACCUGGCACAAUAUAGCAGAGGCGGUGCAGCCUGUAGAGAGGGGAUAAAUAAGUAGGAGGUCACCUUACUUUUUUGGACAAUGUGUCAUAUUCCUUUUUGAGGUUAUCGACAAUUUUCUUUUCUUCAACUAAGGCUUCUUCAAUGUCCAGCCUCUUUUCUCUAAGUUGAAGGGCCAGUUCAAAAAGACUUACAUUACAAUCUGAAAAGACAAGCAAAAUAAAAAAGAAGCCCAACUUGUUAUAGGAUGUAGUAAUGCACCAAGUGUGGACUUUGCAGUUUCAAAAUAAUGUCCCAUUUGUGGAUCCUCUCUAGCAAGCUCUCACCACAUUCAGGGCGCCAGUGUUUCAGGUAUAAGUUACCGAUACCAAUAAUGACGACAGUAAUUAUAACCCCAGUCUUGAAGCUCUGAGCUGUACUCUGAGCCAGGCUUUACACUCAGCUCUUUACAUAUAUUAUCUUACUCAAGGCUCAAACCUUGAGUACCUGCAAAGGAGAAACUAUUGAAUAUUCCCAUUUUUUUAAAGAUUUAUUUAUUUAUGAAUACAAGAGCUGGGGUAUAGCCAGAGGUGUGGGAGGGUGAGAGGAUUCACCAGAGAGUGGGAAGCAGAACAGGCGGAUCUACUGAAAUACACUGCUGAGGGGAGCAGUGGACAAGACAGAAGAGGUCUGCUGUGCCAUGUGAGUUAGCUCCAUGGCCGGGGAUCAAACUCGUGCUGCAGUGGCUAUGGAUAGCUUCAUAGUGCUGAGACUUAAACCCCUGCGCCACCAGGGAGGCCCCCUGAAUAUUCCCAUUUUAUGGGUGGGACCUUAAUCUCACAGAGGUCAUGCAACUUACAGGAUGUAUGGGCUUCAAGUAUAAUAUCUCUAUAUUAAUUUCUAUUACCUCACACUUAAAGUCACAUUUAUCCACCAAGUAAUUGAUAAAAUAAAAAUAUAAUGGAGUUCUGCAGUGGAAUUCAGGAACCUGAGUUGUAGCCCUAGUAUUACCACUAAACUAGCUAAAGGACUUAAAGUCCUUCAAUCUCGCUAUAAAAUAAUGAGUGACAUUACAAGUGAGUUCCUUUCCUCUCUUCCACAUAUGUAUGGUUCUAAAGAAGACUCUAUUUUCAAAAUCAAAACAAGAUUUAAAUUUUUUUGUAAAUUAAACCUUAUGUCAGCCCAAAAGGAAAUAAUUUUUUUCUCUGUUGAACCGUUCCUCUAUCGCAAGUAUAUGAAUAUUGGUCUGGCUGCAUCAGCCUGGUUUCACCAGUGAAAACAGUGAAUGUAAAUUGCCAAGCAUUUUCAGGAAAAUGGUACAAAUUGCCCUUACAAAACAUAUUUGGAAUAUGAAAAUAAGCUUGUUAAAAAGAGAGCACUUCAUAAAAAAUAAAGUAGAUAAGCAGAUACAGAGUACAAUCUGUUGCUUCUAUAGAAAAUGAAGUGUGUAUAAUUUAUGACACUCAACUGCAGGUUGUAUGCAGAUUUUUCACUCAUAAAUGGCAGCCUAAGGGAACACAAAAUAAAUCAUCCAAGAGCCCCCAAAGCUGUAUCUCAUAUAUUUUAUGCCACGCUCCCCUUAAAUUUUAUUCUGAGAGAACGGAAAAGGAAAACAAAAAAAGGAUCCCUUUGGUAGAGGUCAAACCAUAUUCACACGCAACAGAAAACACAAGCUUUUAUCCAGCUUACUUGAGGGGCAGAUGGAGUCAUCAAAAACAUCAUCUUCAGAUCCAGACUCAUCCUCAUCACUCUCCAAGCUUGAUUCUUCUUCACUUGAUUCUUCACUUUCUUCAUCUUCAUCUAAACACAAAGAUAUUAUUAAAGAGAGUUCAGUUUCUAUGUUAAACUAAAUCCCAGACUUUUAAAAAAUAAAAUCUUUCUCAAACAGUCACUAGAAGAACAGGAGACAUAAAGCAGAAAAUUACAGGUGGAUCUACUGAAAUACACUGCUGAGGGGAGCAGAGGGCGAGACAGGCGAAGUCUGCUGCGCCAUGUGGGUCAGCUCCCAGGCUGGGGAUAGAACUCCUGCCACAAUGGCCGCAGAUAGCUUGAUAGUGCUAAGACUUUAACCCCUGCACCACCAGGGAGGCCCAAGAAUCCAAUUUUCCUUUAACAACAUUGAAU